UUUUUCGUAUUUAUAAUUUUGUAAAAAAAAAAUAGUUAAAUAAUGACUGGAUUGCACCUUAGUCUGAUGCUUUUGAUUUGUUUCAUCCUCUGGUCUUGUACAGAAAUGAUCGGAUCGAAGGAAUUUAAGUACUAUCUAUUGAACGCCACAGAACAAAGUGACAGCACCGCCUAUAUCUGUUCUUAUAAAUCUAAAGCAGUGAUUGACAUUAACUGUCCCGGGCAUGGCAGCGGUAACGAUCGGCUCAAAGGCAAUUCUGGAUGUUUAGGAUUUGCAUUAAAAUCUGAUGUUCUUGAGAGGGUCGUAACGCUUGACGCAUACAGAUGUACAACUCAGCAUGUUCACUCCAGUUGCUUAAAGUUAGGCUUUUGUAGGGUGCGAAGUUCAGAGAGAAUUUCCAUCAUGGUGUUUGUUUCGAAUCAAAACUUUAACGAGGCUUACACACCACUUCCGGUCAGCCAGUGGGGCAAAGAGUACCAUAUUGUACUAAGAAGGCUUUCUGGCUUCGCUCUGAUCAUUUCUGAAAUGGAUGUAGCGUUGACUGUAGAUUACAUAGAGACUGACGGACAACACAACGUGGAGUAUUCUAUUAUGCACAAGAACAGUGUAUUAAGCUUGCAGAGCUGCUCGGUGACUGAUAGACACAACUCCAUUGCCGACUACAUCGAAAUUAUGGUUGUGUCCAGUGGUCCUCUUAGUGGUUUGAGUGGUCAUUGUGGAGGAGACCAGUCUAACAUCGCUAUAGAGGCUCUAUUACCUGUGGAAAAACCCAGCAAAUUUGAGUAUGUAGUGUUCUGUGUAAGGAUUCGAUCCUGUACUGUCCUCGUCCAGUCCCCGAUGAAUGCCCUUUUCUAUGCCACCAACAUGGCGUCAGGUCGAAUAGAUUCAUAUACGGAGCAAAAGAAUAAAAAAUACUACCUAAUUGUUGAUCAUCAAAUCUUCUUACAAAGUGAAAAGUAUUUGCUGGUUUCAAUCCUAAUCCUGGAAAGUGGUGUAGCCCAAGCAACCUGUUCAAUCCUACCCACCUCUCUCUUUACAUCGGAAUACGUUUGGUUAUUGCCAAGUGGAUUCGGUUUACAUUUAAUUAUUUUUAUUUCAUAUAUCAGUCUGGGACAUUUAAUCCUGAAUCAAAAGCCACUGUGGAGCCACAAGUACAGCAUCUACGAGGAAAGAUUCAAAGCUCAAACCUGGCAUAUAAUUACAGUAGAAAAGCACGCUUCCAAAGAAGAUUAUUUCAAAGCUUACAGUGUCAACGGUGACAUUUUCGGCUGCUAUUUGAUUGGUGUGAACCACACGAUGACGUAUGCAGUACCAGUCAGCUUCAGUCCCUAUCACCAAAUUAUAUAUAUUUAUGACAAGACCUGGCCAUUCAAUAGGUUGCAGAGAUGUCCCACUGAGAGUAUGGUCAAGGGAGAUAAUGUUGAUAAUGACUGUGACGGAUACAUUGAUGAGGAACUGGCAAAUAACAAAGAUGAUGAUGGCGAUAAUAAAGUUGAUGAAGAUCUCUCGACAGAUACAGACAAUGGGUGUCUUCCAGGCUGGUUUGGGACCAACUGCGACCAACUUUGUCACUGCGAAAGGUCUCAGUGUCUGUCUAACGGAACGUGCAGGCCUGGCGUCUUGUGUGAGCGUAGUUACUUCGGGACACAGUGCCAGUUCAGAGAUGCCAUCAUGUGGGCUACAGUUAGCCAGAAAGAAGUGCCUGACAUUAGGACAACAGCAUGUUUCCUUGUCACAAGUCGUUUGGUCAUUUCCUUCUAUAAGAACACUAGACUUUCUUGGAUACAGAUCACAACAGCUUCCAAAGAACAUCUCCGUGGUUUGACGCUGAUGUUUGUAAAGACCCAUAAUCGUGACUACUGCGUGACUGGACCAUGUCUGAACAGGAGGGACAUUUACGUCACUCUGACCACGUUGAUCAUUCACUGCAACACCUCUUCCUACGUCUGUCAGAUGAUUAUCUUAUUCGACGAUUAUAACAUGACAAGAAAGGUCUGCGCCAUUCACGUCAGUGCAGGACGUAACAUAGCACUUCGUAAGCACGUAGCCAUGUCCAGCGUUCAAACUGACCGGCAAGGGCGUAUAAGUCGUGAGACUCUCUGCGUUGAUGGCUACAUCGAGGAUAACAUAACUCUCUGUUCCAGGACGAGCUUGAUUGACACGAAGCCUAAUCUCAAAAUGACGUUUCCUUUACCUGUAGUUAUAGACGAGAUAGUCAUCUAUUUCGGAGGAGUUGACAAGAUAGCACUACAGCUGGGGGAGAAGUUCCAGAUAAGGUUACUGGACAACAAGAAGGCAGUCGUCUCUGACAUCACGCGUCUACUGGACAGGCAUGUGUCUAUAGUCCCCCUCAGCAGGGACCCUGUGAAAUACAUCCAUGUCUCUAUGAGCCCAAAUUUUUACUCCCUGGCGAUCUGUGAGUUUGAGGUAUACGGAGAAUGCGCCCCUCCGGUUUACGGACCUGACUGUUCACAUAUUUGCAGUAUCUCUUGCACCGACCAGAUCUGCUCCUACGAGGGCUACUGCCUUGACUGCAUGAACGGAACAUGGGGCCCUUACUGCUUCGAGGGCUGUCUGGACUGGUGCGAAGAGACUCAUGGGCCCAACACCACCACAACCCCUAAGCCCAAUGGCUCCUUCGUGCCUUACCAUCCACAGUCUGGCUUCCGUAUAGAGCAGUUCUGGUACUAUGUCAUUGCUGCUGCUACACUGUUCACAAUCUUGUUCUUAGCCGCCUCGGAAGUGAAGUCAAAGAAACAGCCCCCAAUCGCACCUACUGACACCGCAAGGGCAAGCACUGAUGUUCAAGGUACAGAGGGCAGCGGUGUAUCCGUGCGUCGUCAGAGAUCAUCCUCUUCGGUGGACAUAUCGGACGUCACUGAUUAUUUGGGAAGUUCAAGUGCUGGAACAGACGCGGGAACUUCACAAGGAACGUAGAUUAAAGACCAUUUCUAAAUAAAGA